CAAUUUUUUAAUUUUAACAUUCUACUCUCAUUCUCCCCUUUCUUUCGUAUUAGAAACUGUUCUGGGAAGGGCAGAGUUUAAAAGAAAAACUACUAGAAUUAUUAAAUAGACGAUGGCGUCAGAUCUCAGACUACUCAAUGCGGCUAUCGAUAACACGCCCCUCAUCGACAACCAUGCCCAUCCGUUGUUGAAGUACGGAGCCGUAACUAAUCACCCGCUGCUUUCUAUUGCCAGUGACGCUCACGGCGCUGCUCUCGAAGAUUCAAAGUUCAGUCUUCCUCACGUUCGGGCUGUAAAGCAACUAGCUAGAGCUCUCAACUGCAAGGAAACUUGGGAAGCUGUCGAGGCGGCCAUCGAGCGGAAACGGAAUGAGUCACCCGAUGCAUGGGUCAAAUUCUGUCUAGAGGACAUUGAAACUAUACUCAUUGACGAUGGACUCGAUAGACCUAAUCUAUCCGAGUCGUAUUCGUGGCAUGACAAGUUCACCAAGAGCAGAUGCAAGCGGAUUGUCAGAAUCGAAACCGUGAUGGCAGAUGUCAUUGCUCAUUUCCUGCAACUUGGGAGUGACAUCAUUUUCAAAGAUUCAUUUAUGGGUCAUGUCCUAGAUAAGUAUACGCUCGAGAUACAGAAAGCUCUCGAUGAUCCUGAUGUUGUCGGUUUCAAGUCUAUCAUAUGUUAUCGGCGUGGACUAGAUAUCCCGCCAGAGAUCCAAAUUAAGACCGAGGAUGCAAAGAUAGCCCUUCGGGGAAUCAUUAGUGGCGGUUUAAGGGACGCCUAUGGCGAUGGCUUUUCUCUAGUGAAGAGGCUAGAACACUCGCCUCUUAACGACUUAGUCGUUCAUACAGCUGCGAAGCUAAUUCGCGACGCUUCCGGCCAUAAGAAACCGCUCCAAUUUCAUACCGGGCUUGGUGACAAUGAUAUCACGCUAACUAAAUCAUCUCCGUCUCACCUGCAGAACUUCAUUCGAGAAUAUCCUACCGUCCCGAUCGUACUGCUUCAUGCUGGUUAUCCCUGGACUAAGGAGACGGCAUAUCUAGCAACAAUGUACCCUAACGUCUACGCUGAUAUCGGAGAGGUAUUCCCUUGCGUCAGUCGUCAGGGGCAAGAAGCUGUUGUGAAAGAGAUGCUGGAAGUUUGCCCCUGGACUAAGAUUCUCUGUAGCACGGACGGUCAUGGUUUCCCAGAGAUGUACAUGAUAGCUGUAAAUCAAAUCCGUUCUGUCCUUGAGUCAAUAUUAGGAGCGCUCGUACGUAAUGACCAGAUUGACGAGAAACAGGCGGUACAGAUUGUCCAAGCCGUCUUAUUUUCCAACUCAAAGAAGCUUUACAAUCUCCAGACUGUCUCCAUUCUACCAAAUCUUGCACAGUUGGAAACGGUCUCGCGCACUAAACAAACGAGCAACCAGUCUAUCGUGCAAAGACUGCAGAGCCUAAAAGCCAAAUAUCUACGUAUUUACUGGCACGACUAUACAUCUACUUCCAAGUGUCGGACCCUGCCAAUCAGACAAGUGUACAAAACACUAUCUAGCGGCAAACCUGUAACCCUAUCUAUUACCAAAGCCGGCCUCGGGUUACUGCAAACAGACGCCAUGAUUCCGCAGGUAAAUGCCUCCGGUGCAUUCACGGUGCAAGUGGACUGGUCUAGCCUAAAACCCGGUCCAGCCGCCGGCCACGUCAGCGUCUAUGGGGAUUUCACAGAGCAAGACGGCACCCCAGCAUCUGUAUGUCCACGCACGACCUUACGCACGACCCUCUCGAAAGCUGGUGAGCUGGGCUUGACAUUCCUGCUCGGCUUCGAGGUGGAGUUCGUCGUUCUAGACCGUGUCCAACCUGCCGAUUUUAACGGCAUGGAUAAGUACGACACGCGGCGCAGCAACGGACAUUCGUGGUCGACCGCCCGCGUUCUGUCGGACUGGGGCCGCGAAGGUAGUUUUAACACCGCGUCAGAGGAAAUGAUGGACGCUCUCGACGCCGCAGGGAUUUCAUUCGAGCAGUUCCACCCCGAGAGCGCGCCGGGUCAAUAUGAACUCGUGCUCGCACCGCUCCCGCCCCUCGAGGCCUGCGACAGCCUCCUACACGCGCGACAGAUCCUUGAGUCGGUAGCCGCGCGCCACGAUUUCCGCAUAACUCUACACCCUAAGCCAUUUUCUACGGCCUGCGGCUCGGGCUCGCAUGUGCAUAUGUCCAUUUCAUCUCCUGGAGGCGAUAGGCCUGCGGUCUACGAGCCAUUCUACGCGGGUAUCCUCGGACAUUUCCGGGCUAUAACGGCGUUUGUGAACCCGAGCCCGGCUAGCUAUGAACGCAUGAUUGACAGCUACUGGGCCGGGGGGCGAUGGAUCACGUGGGGCACGCAGAAUAAGGAAGCACCGCUGCGCAAGGUCGAGGGUAGUCACUGGGAGCUCAAGGUCAUGGACGGCAUGGCGAACCCGUACCUCGCAAUAGCAGCGCUUCUUAGCGCCGGCACCCACGGCUUUCGCAGGAAGAGCCCCCUCACCUGGGGUGAUUGCCUCGGGGACCCAGCUAAGAUGGACGAGAGGGAGAAGCGGAAGUUAGGGAUUACUACGCUGUUCCCCGGAAACUUGAGGGAAGCGCUAGACGCGCUGAAGCAAGACGGCUUGGGGUUGAAUCCCGACGUUGUGACGAGGUAUAUCAAUAUUAAGCAUGCAGAGCUGGAGAUGCUGGAGAAGAUGAAGCCGGAUCGGAGACGGAUGUGGUUGAUGGAGAGGUAUUAGAUGGGGUUGAGAACGAAAAGCAUAUCGGUAGAUGCAUGAAGAUGGUCGGUUGGAUUUUAGAGCACUUAGACAUGAGACAUGAAUUCAUCAGAUCUUGGUUUAGCUCUCGUAA